ACGUUGGUGCAACCAGUAAACACAAUACUCUGCAUCUGAGUCGUGUUUGUGAGAGCAUUAGUGAGUGUCAAGUGUAAGGGUUCAGUGUUUAGUGUGUGGUGAUGUCUGUGUUGGAUAGUAUUGUUCUCCAGACUCCCAGCUUAGUGACUCUGCUGGGGACUGUGGUGUUUCUGCUGCUCCUCUACCUCCUCUCCUGCAGCUCUCAGGAAAAGGGGAAGGAUCCUCCAGGACCCAGACCACUACCUCUGCUGGGGAACUUACUGAUGCUGGAUCUCAAGAGGCCGUACCAGACACUAUGUGAGAUCUCCAGGGAAUAUGGAUCAGUGUUCACAGUUCAUUUUGGAUUGAAGAAAGUGGUGGUUCUAGCAGGAUACAAGACAGUUAAGCAGGCUCUGGUCAACCAUGCUGAAGAGUUUGGUGACAGAGAGUUACCUCCCAUGUUUAAUGAUUUAAAUAAUGGACAUGGGAUCCUGUUUGCUAAUGGAGACUCCUGGAAAGAGAUGAGGCGCUUUGCUCUCACUACCCUCAGAGACUUUGGGAUGGGCAAAAAGAUGAGUGAGGGGAAGAUCAUAGAGGAGUGUGGCAACCUGAUUGAAGUGUUUGAGAAAUAUGAGGGUAAAGCAUUUGACACAACACAGCCAGUUAAUUACGCUGUAUCCAAUAUCAUCUGUGCCAUUGUGUAUGGCAACAGGUUUGAAUACACUGAUCCUGAGUUCACCAAAAUGGUGGACCGAGCCAAUGAGAAUAUCAGACUUGGAGGCUCUCCAUCAAUGCAGUUGUACAACUUGUUCCCUUGGCUUGGCAAGUUUCUGAGUACUAAACGUCAGAUUAAUAAGAACGCUAAUGCCAAUAAAAACCAGAUCAGGGACUUGAUCAGUCGCUUGAAAGAGACUCUGAACCCUCAGAUGUGUCGAGGAUUUGUGGACUCCUUCCUCAGCAGGAAGCAAAACCUGGAGGAAUCAGGAAAGAAGGACACCCACUACCACAAAGAGAAUCUGACAAUCUCAGUCGCCAACCUGUUUGCUGCUGGUACCGACACAACAGGGACCACACUAAGAUGGGGUUUGAUGCUCAUGGCUAAGUACCCACGGAUACAAGACCAGGUUCAGGAGGAGAUCAACAGGGAGAUAGGAAGUCGUCAGGUCUUGGUAGAGGACAGGAAGAACCUUCCCUACACUGAUGCUGUCAUCCAUGAGAUCCAGAGACUGGCUAACAUCGUACCCAUGUCCCUCCCUCACGUCACCAGCAGAGAUGUCACCUUCCAGGGAUACUUCAUCAAGAAGGGGACUGUUGUGUUUCCUCUACUGACAUCAGUCCUGCAGGAUGAGAGCGAAUGGGAGAGCCCCCACACCUUUAACCCCGCCCACUUCCUGGAUGACAAGGGGAAGUUUAUCAAGAGGGAUGCCUUCAUGCCCUUCUCUGCUGUGACUCUGCUGGGGACUGUGGUGUUUCUGCUGCUCCUCUACCUCCUCUCCUGCAGCUCUCAGGAACAGGGGAAGGAUCCUCCAGGACCCAGACCACUACCUCUGCUGGGGAACUUACUGAUGUUGGAUCUCAAGAGGCCGUACCAGACACUCUGUGAGAUCUCCAAGCAAUAUGGAUCUGUGUUCACAGUUCAUUUUGGACCGAAGAAAGUGGUGGUUCUAGCAGGAUACAAGACAGUCAAGCAGGCUCUGGUCAACCACUCUGAGGAAUUUGGUGAUAGAGAGUUAACUCCCAUGUUCAAUGAUUUCAAUGAGGGACAUGGGAUCCUGUUUGCUAAUGGAGACUCCUGGAAAGAGAUGAGGCGCUUUGCUCUCACUACCCUCAGAGACUUUGGGAUGGGCAAGAAGAUGAGUGAGGGGAAGAUCAUAGAGGAGUGUGGCAACCUGAUUGAAGUGUUUGAGAAAUAUGAGGGUAAAGCAUUUGACACAACGCAGCCAGUUAAUUACGCUGUAUCCAAUAUCAUCUGUGCCAUUGUGUAUGGCAACAGGUUUGAAUACACUGAUCCUGAGUUCACCAAAAUGGUGGACCGAGCCAAUGAGAACAUCAGACUUGGAGGCUCUCCAUCAAUGCAGUUGUACAACUUGUUCCCUUGGCUUGGCAAGUUUCUGAGUACUAAACAUCAGAUUAUGAAGAAUACUCAUGCCAAUAGAAAACAGAUCAGGGACUUGGUCAGUUGCUUGAAAGAAACUCUGAACCCUCAGAUGUAUCGAGGAUUUGUGGACUGCUUCCUCAGCAGGAAGCAAAAACUGGAGGAAUCAGGAAAGAAGGACACCCAUUACCACCAAAAUAAUCUGACGAUCACAGUCGCCAACCUGUUUGUUGCUGGUACCGACACAACAGGGACCACACUAAGAUGGGGUUUGAUGCUCAUGGCUAAGUACCCACGGAUACAAUACCAGGUUCAGGAGGAGAUCAACAGGGAGAUAGGAAGUCGUCAGGUCUUGGUAGAGGACAGGAAGAACCUUCCCUACACUGAUGCUGUCAUCCAUGAGACCCAGAGACUGGCCAACAUUGUUCCCAUGUCCCUCCCUCACGUCACCAGCAGAGAUGUCACCUUCCAGGGAUACUUCAUCAAGAAGGGGACCACUGUGAUUCCUCUACUGACAUCAGUUCUGCAGGAUGAGAGCGAAUGGGAGAGCCCCCACACCUUUAACCCCGCCCACUUCCUGGAUGACAAGGGGAUGUUUGUCAAGAGGGAUGCCUUCAUGCCCUUCUCUGCUGGUCGCAGGGUGUGUCUGGGGGAGGGUCUGGCCAGGAUGGAGCUGUUCCUCUUCUUCACCUCUCUCCUCCAACACUUUUGUUUCUGUCCUCCACCCGGGAUAACAGACGAUGAUCUUGACCUCACUCCAGCUGUGGGCUUCACCCUCAACCCUUCACCCCACAAGCUGUGUGCCGUCAGCCGGGUCUGAGGAGAGAGUCACACAUUUACAUGAGGACUUAAUGUAUAUAAGACAAGUUUGUCUGGAUAAAGGAAGUAGGCAAUUUAGUCAAAGAAGAUACAAAGUCGAGUAAAAAAUAUUCGGUCUCAGUAGCGGAGAAUGUGAGAACUAUGACCUUUGUUACCUUUGACAUAAUCCACACUGUAACCAGAAUAAGAGCCCCAUUCAUGAUGUUUCCUCUGUACACUUGCAAGUAUUACUCUGGAAUUAUUGUCAGCU